CAGUCUUUCUCUCUUCCUCUUUGUCGCCGUCGUCCUUUGUUCAGGCCGAUCCACCCCCAGGCCUGUGCGAGAGGGUCGUACCAUCGAUGGGACUCCGAUAAGGCCCUCAUCUCUUGACCCAGAGAGGACCUCCUUACCACCAUGGCUAACGCACCCGACCGCUUCGCCCUCUUCAUCCUGGGCCCCGACGAGAAGCGCGUCGAGAUCCAGGAGGACGCGCACCUGGCCAAUGCCGCCACGUUUGUGCUCAACAAGGAGGACCACACGCUGGGCAACCUCCUGCGUCACGCCGUGCUGGCCGUCCCCGGCGUCAUCUUCUGCGGAUACCGGGUGCCGCAUCCGCUCGAGCCGCGAACCGUGAUCAAGGUGCAGACCGACGGCAGCCUCACGCCCGUCCAGGCCCUCAAGGCCGGCUGCGAGCGCGUCAUUUCCCAAGUCGGCAGCGUGCGCAGCAGCUGGAAGCACGAGUGCCAGAUGCUCGGUGCUGGCCUCGCCUCGGCCGGCGCCAACGGGGGCCAGUACGCCUUUGGGUCCUUUGGCGAGCAGCGUGGCGGCGCAGAUGUUGGCGGCUACGUCGACAUCUGA